GAUAUGAAAACUACUAGGAUUUGUCAUCAGCUUCUGUGGUGCAACCAUCAUGACAUUGUACAAAGGGCCUCCUGUUUCCAGUCUGUUUUCUUCAAUCCAUCUUGGGUGGACUAGCUUAUUUCAAAUCCCAAAUCUUGUAUCAGAGAGUAUGAAAGUUGGCCCUCUGCUUCUUCUAGGGAGCUGUGUUCUUUGGUCCUCAUGGAUUAUCAUGCAGGCAGAGACUGCAAGGUUCUAUCCAGCACAAAUGUCAAUCACAGCAUUAAUGUGUUUUCUGGCAACAAUACAGUCUACCAUUGCCACACUCAUCUUUGAGCAUGAUCCUGCAGAUUGGAAAGUAGAAUGGAAUCUUGAACUCCUCAGUGUAACUUACACUGGGAUUGUAUGCUCAGGGAUAACAUUCUAUUUUUCCACUUGGGUCAUUCACAAGAAAGGCCCUGUCUUUAUGUCAAUGUUCAAUCCUCUGGUGACUGUUAUUGUUGCACUGCUUGGAACCAAAAUUCUCCAUGAAAGUCUUCAUGUGGGCAGUGCUGGUGGGGCAGUGCUCAUUGUGGGUGGCUUGUACUGUCUGCUAUGGGGCAAGGGACAGGACAGAGAGGAGAAAAAGGUAAAAGCUAAGGGAAAGGAGGCACUUGGGGUCAACCAGACUGAGGAAGUUCAAUCUAAGACAAACUCUAAUAAAUAUAUUGACAUUGAAGAGCCUUUGCUAGGUACAAGCUAA